GGGGGAUGCAUUGAUGGAUGGCGUCGACGGUCUCACCGAGGCGCUACCGCACAAAGGUUGAUGGGCGGAGCACAUGGAUGCUGGGUUUCUUUCUACGUGAUGGCAAUUUGAGAUUCAAUUUGGGAUGGAAAUAUUUCUUCUCUUUCAUAGGUGUUGCAGUUCAUAAUGAGGGUGCAAGGCAGAAUGAAGGUGGAUCAAGGGAGCAGAAGAGGAGACGCACAUGGGAAGCACAAGAGUUGGGUUUUGAGGAGGAUGGUAUGGCUCUUGACAAGGCAAAAAACAGGGAAGGGGUGGGCUGGUACCUCCAGACCCGCCCAAAUCCAUGAAGUUCUGGUGCUUUCUGCAGACCGAAGAACAAUUCAAUUUUAGUCUUGUUAUUUUUUUUGUUUACAACUACGUGUGUUUUUGCUUGUGUUCGGUUUUACUAGCGUUGAAACUCUAGAACUUAAGGUAAGUGAUGGGAGCCUAGUUUGCCAGUUACUCGCUCAGAUAAGUCCAAUUCAGGAUCAACGAACCUGGUUGCUUCUUUUGAGGUGGCAGUUAAAAGGACCAACGAACCUGGUUGCUUCUUUCAUGUGCGAAAUGAAAAGUUACAUUUUUUUGAAAAAAAUUGUUCGAUAAAAUUGAUAAGUCAAAAAACAUGGGUCAUCAAACGGUCUCUUAUUCACAUCCUCUGCUUUACUAAAUAAAGCAUCCACAAUAAAUAUAUAAAUAAAACUAUUUUAAAUAUCCAAUCUACCCCGGCCUCCACCAUAUACUUUCAAGUGUGUUGGCUUCACUACACCACAACUUUCUGCUCCACCGUCGCCCUCCUUAUACUCCUGCUCAGCCCGUGACUCUUCCACACCCUCUCCUCUUUCUUCAGAGGGCUUGCAACAUCAAACUCUCUUCCUCGGGGUACCCCAGAGGAAGUACCCGUAAAUGGCGCCCCAAACUAAUCUGGUCAAACAAUCUUACAUGUGUAGAUAGAUUUGCACUUCAUAUCCCUGUUUAAGUUGCCUGGAUGAGAGUUGUAACUUGUAAGAGGAGCUGUUCGUGUGGAUUGAUUUAAGUGGAAGAGCAAUCUAGGUAUUUUAGAAAGAAAAAAAAUCUUAAUUAAUGUAAAAUUUCAUAUAAGGUAAAACCUGUUUUUUUUUCUGUAUCUUAUAUUCUAAUUUGGAUGGUGUUACAAACAGAAGGAAUAUGGAAUCACCUUCCAAAGUACAUUUGCGAACACAAAAAAUAUGUUACAAAAUAUUACUCCGUAUGUCUGUGUGAUAUGCUAGUUUUUUUUUAUACUCAUUUUUAUUAUAAUAUCUGUUAGAUCUUUGAGAGUUUCGACGAUGUGACCUCCUUCUUGACAUACUCCUAUUCAUUUCUUUCUUACUCUAUCUCUCCUUAAAUAAUUAAACCUCAUCUUUUAUUUUUUCUUACGACACCAUUUUUUAACGGAGUAAUUUGAGUUUGCACCCUCAUUUUAUCGUCCAAAUUGAAAUAUGUUGAAGGCCAACAUAAUAGUUAAUGAAGGGGCAUUUUGUCUUUUCACACGGGUUAGGGUCAGGGUCGUCUAAUGAAUUUGGAGGCCCCAGUUCUAAAUAUAAAAUCAAAGCCCCAAAUUAAUAUUCUUUUGGACUUAUCUGAGCGAGUAACUGGCAAACUAGGCUCAUUAAAAAGAACUAAAAAGAGUAAAAGGACCAACGAAAAAGUCAUGCAUCAGGAUCAACGAACCUGGUUACAUAGAUGCAUGAUUUUUUCGUUGUAGCUUGAACGCAGUAGCUUGAAGUCUUGAACGUUGACUCGCUUUCAGUUUCCGUCUUUGUAGCUUGAACUUAGUUACGCAGGGGCAGACCGCUUGAGUUGGGACUUGGGGUCUUGGCAUUUUGGCUUUCGGGGAGUUGUGGGCUGCCCCAGGAAAGGAAUUUUGGGAUUGGG